UCAAACGUAAACAAACAAUCGUCGAUCAGCGGCAGCGUGGUGUGCCUGGUACUAUGAGGUCCUCGGACUAGAUCAAGGGACUGCUUCUUAUUUAUCAUACCAAGACGUCAAAUUAAAGCAUGGUUAUGGCCCAGAAGGGAGGAAAACCAUCGAGCCAGGGGGACUUCCCUCCCGGAAUGGCACCCAAGAUGCUGAAUAUGCUGAAGGAGUUGGACGGCAUCGAGAAGGAGCUGCAGCCGCUGAUCUCGCAGCCUUAUCACGAGGUCCUGAGGAAGUUAUCACCCCAAGAAAAAGCAAAGGUUGGCAUGAUGGAAAUAUAUGGCAUCAACUCAUUAUUUUGGGUUCUGAUGAAAACCAGCAGUGAAGAUAUUGCGUCAGCCCUCCGUGAUGACUACAAGGUGGAGAUGCAGAGGUUGAGGGAGACCCAGGAACGGAUAGCAGAGCUGGAGGCGAGGGCAAACAUGCAGCACAUCGACAAGCAAGCUGCCAAAAGAUUCAUAAACCAUGCUCUCGGAAAGAAGAAGGCAAAUGGUGAGGAGUCAAGUAGUGACAACCCCAAGAGGAAAAAGAAGACGUGACAAGGCCUGUGAGGAGGAGGAAAGGUGUGACUGGGGGUGCAGGAAGGGAAGGUUUCAAUUACACUUAACUUGGGAGCAAAAUUACAGAAAAAUGUCAGAUAAAUGGAAUUUCCUUUCAUGUUUUUUUUUUUUUUUCUUUUUUUUUCUAUUUCUUGUUCUUUUUUUUCAUCUUUGUCUUUUUCUUCUGCUGUAUCAAUAG